UGCACAUCCAUGGUUCGGUUCAGUUUUCGCAGUCACCACCAUCACAGUCAGUUCAGCAGCCACCAUGAUUGAGAAGAAAUGCGAACCGUGAGAUUCCCGUUCGAUUGUGCGAUUCAGUGUUGUAAAGUUUUUACUCGAUCCUUAAAGGAGCAGUAGCUGAAAAUCGUGGAGUGCAAACCUCAAAAGCGAGCAAACAAUCUAUCACGGCCAAAAAGGUGGCUUUCAAAGCAGUGUUCUUUUUGUGGUGAAAAUUUUCGCAAAUUAAUCAUAUUCCUCGGGCAUAGAGGAGGGAAAAAAAGCCAAUGGAUGCACUCUGCUUAUCCGCUUGAUUGCCAAAUAAUCGAGUAAUAAGGCGAGAGAGCGUGAAUUCAGAGAUUGAUCGGCCACAGCCGACGGAAAAAUCUAGUGCGUGUGUAAGCCCUUAUUGGGAAAUCUGCUGCCAAGUGUGUUCCGUUUGUUGUGAAUCGGGGAAAAAAUUGUCAUAGGGUAAGAGGGCAAAAUAAUGUGCAUGGUGCUUCCAAAAGUACCUUCGGUAGAGUAACGGAGAGGCGGAAAUGAUCCUCUAUUGAUGGUUUGUCCAAGAAGGCAAAAUAUUGUAGCAUACAGUGCUGUGUUUUUGGUUUAGAAAACGAAUCGUAGUUCCUGAAUCCAGCAAAUCGUCGGAGCGCGAAGGUAGCAGGAUCGGGGAAACGAGAGGAAAAAGAUAGAAGGCGAAGCUGUUCGGAUAGCAGCGGAAGGUUCCUUCUAGCCAGGAUGGAUUCGCUGCGAAAAUGGCUGAACAAACCGAAGGCUGACGAUAAAUCUUUACUAGCAAGAUUUUACCAUGCGGACAGAGCACUAACGGCGGUAGCCAGUGAACUGGACAGUUUCGAUGGUCGAGCAGAGCCGGUACGCUGCACCCGGCUGGUCGGACGGUUGCGACAGGGACAGGACCGCGUGCUCUCCAUCACCAAUCACAUCAUGGAUGAACUGCUGGGAGAGGACCGUGCCCCGCGAGCCUUCCGUGCCAAGUUUCCGGAGGAGGUACUGCAGGAGAGUCUAGCCGGCCAGCUGUGGUUCGGUGCCGAGUGCCUAGCAGCGGGAUCCUCUAUCAUGAAUCGGGAAGUGGAAAGUGUAACGAUGCGUCCGCUGGCGAAAGCGGUCACGAAAAGUUUGGACAACGUGCGAAAUCUGUUGCGGGAGCAGUGCUUUCGGAACAACACACCGAACAGUUUAACGCUCCGGCUGGAUGUGAACGAUGCCGCCACGGAGCAGUUGUACGAGAGCUUGAAGAUAUUCGACCGGUUAUUUGCAGAGUUCGAACUGUUGUACGUUAGCGCGAUGGUACAGGUCAAAUCGAAACAGGAGUACGAGAUGCAGGAGCUUAUUUGUGUGCUCUUUUCGGAGACGCUUCAACGGGCGCUGAAGAUCGGUCUGCUAGAGCAGGACCAGGUAGACUCUUACGACCCGGCGCUGAUGUUUUCGAUUCCGCGGUUGGCCAUAGUCGCCGGGUUGGUGAUAUUCAAGGAAGGGCCACUGAACAUGGAUCAGCCGGCGGAUAACAUUUCCGAAAUGUUCCGUCCUUUUCGGAAGUUACUGAUCAAAAUGCGAGAUCUGCUGAGGACGCUGACAAAGCACGAGAUGUACCAGUUGGAGAAACUGCUUUGCACCAACGAAGAGAUCAGCUUGAAGGAACAACUAAUCUGUGAUGAAAACGGAAAUGAUAACAGCCGGGCUUCGCCGAAGGAAGACGAAGUCGUUAUCGUGACGACUAAUGUGAAUAAUAAUAAUAAUAAUAAUAGUGAUAAGGAUAAUCAAGACCAGGGUGAGGACAGUAGUUUUUAUGCUAACCGUACUGUAGAUAGCGAUAAUCAGCUUCAGGAAGCAGACGAAGACGCAAUUUCGGAAAAUGGUAAUGAUGACGAAGAGGACGACGUCCUCAAAGAAGGCCUAGUGACGUCGGAUUGCGCUUCGGGCUACCUGAUCCCAAACACCAAUUUUGGUAAUUUGUUGCAGACUAACGAAGCACCACUGACAGAUAGUUUUAUAGCCACUGACGAUGAGUUGAACGCGGGAGUUUCUCCCCAUGCUCGGAUAGAACAGAUACUAUCGGAGACCAACCAAAAAAUAGUGGACUCCGGUCUUGGAACGGCCAACUCAAGUCUGGACCACUCGCCAGAAUUAGACACGGAGCGACCAGUGACCAGUGUUCGAGAGAUAAGUGAGUCUUCCGAGGAGGAAGGCGAAGUUGAUGAGUAUGAACGAAGGGAAGAUGACGACGUAGAAGACAGUGAAACUACCUUGUGUAAUACCUAUCGGGUCGGUCAUCAGUUGGUCGAUCCCGGUACUAGCGGUGGAUCAUCAAAAUACUCGGACAAACAUCACAGACACCGACGGCAUCGAACGGGUGGCGGAACAACAACCGGUCGGAAACAUUAUUCUAAGCAUAAGGCGAGUGCCGUUUCCGCUACUACGACUCAAGGUAGUUCGGCAUAUUCAAGCUGUGAUACAUCACCGUCGUCGGGUCGUCAAAGUGAAUGCGGCAGCAGUAGCAGUAGCGGUGGUAGCAGUGGCGGUGAUGCCGCUCAGGAAGUUGCACUAGCCAUUCGAGCUGCUGGAAGGAUAAAAUUUAAGACAACGGAGAACCUUCUGCACCGUCUAUUUGUGUGCAUUGCCGGCGUUGCCGACCAGCUGCAGACUAACUUUGCUGCCGAUCUGCGGCAGAUGUUGAAGAGUGUGUUUAUCAUCAACUCUUCGCCACCGGAGCCGGAAAUGCCUCCGGAACCGGCCAUAGAAUCUGCCGAUAAACCGAAGGAACCGGAUCCAACCGAUAUGUUUGAAUUCCGAGCCAGUGAGCAGGACGUUAUCACGCCCGGUCAGAAUAGUGGCGGCUCAAGUCAGAGCAUUUAUUCGGCCGAGGAGGUUAACGUGGAAGAUUCGCAGGAUUCGGUAUUUGGUUCGCCAGGAUCAUCACCGGUUAGAGCUUCUUCUGCUCCGCGAACUAUGAUGACUUCGACGGAGAAUGGAAGUGUGACGGUGAACGUAUCCGUUUCCGUGGUCACAGGAGGUAGUUCCGGUUCCAGCCGAAGCUCGCAGGAGAGAAGCGUGAGUCUGAGUGAAGCGUCGAUCGUGGUGGAAGGAGGUGGAGGUGGUGGAACUGUUGGAUCAAAUCUACGAGACAGCCACCGAAGACACAGUGCGAUUGGAUCCAAAGGGGAAUACGGCAGGAGCCGAUCCAGUCCCAACAGUCCGCUGAAUGGAGUGUCCCCGAUGGAAGAACAACGACGUAUGCCGGAAGCACCUCCACGGUGGAUUCCCGAUGGAGAUGCACCACGUUGUAUGGCCUGUGCUUCGUCGUUUACACCUUUCCGAAGGCGCCAUCACUGCAGAAACUGUGGCGGAGUGUUUUGCGGGGUUUGUUCCAGCACGACCGCUCCACUGCCCAAGUAUGGACUGACUAAGGCGGUGCGAGUCUGCCGGGAGUGCUUUGUCCGCGAGGUUGGCGUUUGAGAAGUUGUGCAUGGUUCGUUUAGUCGUAUGUGUUUAUGGUUUUUUUUGUGUUUCUGUUUUCGGUAUGCGACAAUUGUUUUGAACAGAAAGAAAUAUGUUUUGCUUUAGAUUCAUUUUAGUUGUACACGCUAAAAGAAAUUAGAGUUACUCAAGAAGCUUAGCUCUUUGGUUCAAGGUUUUAUAGUUUACUUGUUUUACUUUCUUAGAGAGUUCACGGUAGCCGUGCUUUACUUUCCAAUUUAACAUUAGUGAGCAAAGCUACUGGCGUAAGGCGAGUGUUUUCAAUUUCGUUACUAUGCUGAGCAAGUGUUACAACAACAUAAGUAAACAAUAUCAUUAGCUAAAUAUUACACGCGACUUUUUAUACAGUUUUGCCGGAAAAUGUGACAAAAAUAUUGUUUCCUUCUACCCGAUUAGAACAAGUGUUAACGGUUAACUCCCGCCCAGUUUUCAUCCUGUCUUGUGUCUAUUCCAUUUUAUUUCGAAAUAUGAUAUAAACAUAAAACGUUAAUCGACAAACAUUCCUCUCAUAAACACGUUAAACUAUGGAUAAAAGACUCGAGUAUCGAUCGAUCGAUGUAUUAGAUGGUUCAAAAUUUGUUUGGUCUCUUCACGGUAACUAUUCACACGAGAAAGGGUGAAACCGGAAUCACGAAAAAACGGGAGGAAUCAACUUUAGUAGCUUGAAUUAUUUUGCGUUUGAGUGUCGAAAAGUAGCGCAAAGUUGUGUUUCGUUUAUGCUGUGCAAACUGAAAACUAGCUAUUAGUCAAUAUGUUUAUGAAGAUAAAAUAUAGCUAAACCAUUUAAGUUCCGUUGCGGCGAACAUUUAGUUGUCUAUCCAAAUGCAAAUUGCACUACUCUCUAAUUGUGGAGAUCGAAAAAAAGAAAAUUAUUUGAAAUCCGAAAAAGCACUGUGUAUCACGAGUUAAAUGAGCACGUUUCUUAAUGUAACAAAAAGCUAUGUAAUUGAAACACAUAAUCUCUUAUUUUUUCCGAAAUAAAAUUCUUAAAGCAAAGAAAAAAGCUAACAAAAACAUUUAAAAAAUAAUUGGAGUGAUAUCUUUUUUACAAAGAAAAUUAAACGUAUUGAAAAUAGAAAGAUAUACUAUACAUUUCAAAAAAAAACAAGUAGCAUGUAAAUUAAUACUUUUGUGAAUACAUUACUGCUAAGAAUACGCUAGUGGCUAGUUUCCCAAACGAAAAAAACCGACAUCAAAAAGAGAAAAGAAACUAAAUACAUCAAACAAUAAUGCUACGAGUAAGUUAAUAAGUCACACACACACACAGUUAAAAUCACACACUCCCGUGGAAACUGAAAGGAGAAGAUACGUACGGAAACCAUAAGUCAAGAUUUUAAAUGUUGUGAAUACUGUAUAAACAGAAGGUAAUCAAAAAUUCGCUGAAUUUAUUAUA